AUGGGUGUCUUGGAGUGGAUCGGUACUAGAAAAUACUUGGGUGCUCCAUCUAUGGUGGGAACGAAUAAGUGGGUCGUUUUUGGUUAUAUUCGUGAUAGAGUGUGGAAGAAAAUCCAGUCUUGGGAAGGUAGAUGGUUGUCAAAGGCUGGCAAGGAGGUAAUGAUCAAAUUUGUCUUAAAAGCAAUCCCAAAUUAUUGCAUGUCUAUGUUCUUAUUGCCACAUUCUCUUAUUGAGGAAAUCCACAAAAUGCUUAAUGCUUUUUGGUGGAGCUCGGAGAAAGGAGCAAGGAGGGGUUUUCAUUGGUUCUGUUGGGAGAAAUUGGCCAUGAGGAAGGAUCAAGGAGGAAUGGGGAGCUGA